AUGCAACCGGUGGUCUGGUCGAACGGGGGCAAAGGGGCCAGGGGCUGGCCUCAGCUCCCGGCGUCGGCUCCGAUCGACGGGAGCAAGUGGACGUGCAGCGGCUGUGGCACGGGCGGGAACUGGGCUGUGUGUACCUCGUGUCGCGCCUGUGGCAAGGCGAGGCCGAAGGCCGAGGGCGGACAAGGCGGACUGGGCGGGCAGUCAGCGGACGCCAAGCUCCACUCGCUCACGGCGAAGCUCAAGACGUUCGAGGCCGAGAACAAGUCACUAACGGCCAAGGUCGAGCAGCUGCUGCGCAAGAAGAAGCAGCUGGAGACGGAGCUCGACUGCUCGGAGGGCGCCAUGGCAGCGGCCCUUGCCGAGAUCGAAUCGAAGCUCGAGGCUGCCAGAGCCGCCCGUGACAAGGCGAAGCCCACGUCGGCCCAGCUGCGGGAGGCCAACUCCGAGGCCGAGAAGGCAGCCAAGGCGGUGGUGGCGGCGGACGAGCUGGCGCGCAAGUGCCAGGAGGCUCUGCAGGAGGCCUCGGCGGGCAAGCAGGAGGCGCUCCAGGCCGACGCUGCUGCGCGGGCUCACGCCAUCGAGGUGCGGGCUCGCACCGCCACCGACGCCAAGGAGGCGGAGCCGCGGGCAGCAGCCAACGAUGUGGACGUCCUCAAGGUGCAGGCCGAGCAGCUCCGUCGCCAGCUCGGCGCAUCGGAGUUCGACCUCCCGGCGUGCUUCACGAAGCUGGCGGCUCGGCUGGAGGAGGCGGAGCGCAAGCCGCCAGACGCCACUGAGCAGCCUGAUAAGUACAAGCGCUACUUGGAGCUCCAGCAGCAGGCCUUCGCCAACUUGUGCCACGAGCUGGGCUUCGGCGUCUCGCCUUGGCGCGUGGCCGUCGUGGCCGUCGUCCAGGGGCUGCAGGAAGUGGACCUGGUCCCAUCCCGGGUAGGAACGCAGCUGCGGCCCCCUGGCGGCCGAGCGAUGGAGCACUGGACGGGGUUCGCCGCGGUGCUGCAGGACCCGCGACGGCGGCCCAUGCUCCGGCGAUCGGCCAGAGCGCGGGGCAACAACAAGUGCGGCGACCUCGAAAUCUGGACCUUCAACGGCUCAGGCUGGGGCACUCCCCGCACGCGUCUGCCGGAGGGCGCCGCGACGAAACAGUGCUGUUCCGCGCUGCAGGAGACCAACCUGCGGGGCGACGCCCUCGCGACGGUCCAGAGGUCGUUGGCGGGCGAGCGCUGGCGGCUGGCGCCCGCGUCAGCGGUGGCCACCCAGGCCGGCUGCCAGGAGGUGGGCCACUGCGGCUGGCGUGGCCACUGCGGCGCCGAAGCACAUCGGCCCGGCGCGCGUGGCGGGCGCCUCCUCGUGGGCUAUAGCCCCCCGGCCGCGGGUCGAGGGCGCGCCGCCGUGGCGUGGGUCGCCAUGGGCGGGGUCGCCAGCGUCUCUUCGUGGACGGGCGAGGGCCUCGGCGGGCGCCACGAGCGCCUGCUGCGCCACGUGCCGGGCCGCCUGCACCGGACCGGGCUGCCGCGGGUGCUGGGAGGCGAUUUCCAGCAG